UAAUCAGGGACAGCACGCACAGAGGAUGGAUUCUGUUCUUUAAUAAAAGGGGGGAAAAGAAAGUAAGACUUUCCUCACUUUCCGUUAUUUAGAACUCAUAGAAAGCUCGGGUGGGUUGGAGACUUUCCUGGUGUGUUUGGUGCCCGAGGUCAGAGUGAGCGGUGUGCGGCGUAACAGAUGCCGCACGGAGAAAUAAGCCUUUAAUACCCACAGGACUCGGGAAGGGGCAACUACACUCAACUCACAUCAGCGACUUAAGUGAAACCCUUCACGCAACUCUCGCAGUCUCCGGUGGUGUCCUCGGCGUCGCGGUUCUGAGAAGAAAUUGCAUCCUCACGCUCAAACUGGCGCUCAGGGAACACGCGUAUCUGUUGCACUGAAGAGCAUCCUGGGAGUUAUCCACCUGAGUGGAGGGAGAACCACUCUCAUGGCAUGCUUGUCCAUUUGUUUACUGGAGCCAGGUGAAUGGUGAUUUGAAGUGGUCGUUACAGCCUUGGAAUAGCGCUACAGGACACCUUUAACUGCCAUGCCGCCCAAAAAGAAGGGAGAGCAUAAGGACACAGAUGUCGUUGAGGAAAGAAACGCCCAGGUGCAGCUGGAGAAAGCCAAGUACAAGCCUGUGGCAUUUGCUGUACGAUGCAACUUCUCUUACACGCCAGCAGACGAUGACAACGUCCCUGUACCAGGCCAGGCUGUCACUUUUGAGGCCAGGGACUUCCUACAUAUCAAAGAGAAGUUUAACAAUGACUGGUGGAUCGGACGGCCGGUGAAGGAGGAUGGUGUGGUGGGCUUCGUCCCCAGUCCAGUCAAUCUGGAAACCAUUCUUAUCCGAAGAGAAGUCCAAGCGAGGAAAGCUGCCAAGGCAUUAGCCAACAAAGCUGCAUCUCAGGCAGCUCAAGAUAUGAACUCGAAGAAAUAUACUCCUCCAUCACAAGCCAAUCAGCAGGUGAAAAAGAAGCCGGGGGAGCAGGUGGCUAUGUAUGAUGUUGUGCCUACAAUGCGUCCAGUGGUUCUAAUGGGACCAUCACUGAAGGGCUUAGAGGUUACAGAUAUGAUGCAAAAAGCACUAUUUGACUUUUUAAAACAUCGAUUUGAAGGCAGAAUUACUAUUACGCGAGUAACAGCAGAUAUCUCACUGGCAAAACGAUCCAUCCUCAACAACCCUGGCAAAAAGGCCUUAAUGGAUCGCUCCAACACCCGCUCCAAUUUAGCUCAGAUCCAAGGGGAGGUGGAGCGUAUCUUUGAGCUCGCCCGCAGUCUGCAGUUGGUCAUUUUAGACGCAGACACUGUCAACCACCCUAUGCAGGUGUCCAAGACCUCCCUGGCUCCAAUUCUUGUCUAUGUAAAGAUCUCCUCACCAAAAGUGUUGACAAGACUGAUCAAGACCAGGGGGAAGUCUCAGACCAAACAUCUCAAUGUUCAGCUUGUGGCAGCAGACAAGCUUGCUCAAUGUCCACCAGAAAUGUUUGAUGUCAUCUUAGAUGAAAACCAGCUAUCGGAUGCCUGUGAGCACAUUGCUGAUUACCUGGAGUCCUAUUGGAGAGCCACUCAUCCACCAGAGAUGGAGCCUGCCAACGCAGUGGUGGCCCAGCUGGCUGAGAAUACACUGCCUGCCAGUCCUACAGUAAUACCGGAUGAGCAGAAAAGCAAGAAGUCAGCUGCCCCUAAGAGGAAAGUCUCACGGGAGAACCACCUAGACCAUGAGCCCCCUUCAGUCCCGGCUCAGGAGCAGACCGCUGAGGAGGGCCAGAGAGAGGAGGAAGAGCGGCUCCUGAGGACUGAACCAAAAAGACCCCAGCACAUCCACCACCAUCACCAUCACCACCACCACCGGCGGACGGAGCACCACAGCCACGCCCAGCACAGUCAAACUUCGGGUGGCAUGGAAAUACAGUCGAGCAGGGAUUACGCCUCAAGGCCUCCUCGAAGGUACAUGCCCGAGGAGAGGGAUGGCGAGGUGGACGAUGUCCUAAAGGAGGACGAGGAGGAGAUUUACUGUAACUUCCGGGUUCAUAACCACCAUCAUCACAACAGUAACCACCAACACCAUCACCACCACCACCACCAACAUCAUCGUGGAAACAGCCAGCCAUAUGUUGGGGAGGACUACGAACAGGAGCACAAUGAGCGCAACCGGCAGCACAGACAUCACCAGCAUAUUCCACCACGGACACACCACACAACGGAUCACUAUACUGCACACAACCAUCACAGCUACCACCACUACCCAGGCAGAGAUCGGGAGAGAGACAGGGACAGAGACAGGGAAAGAGAAAGAGACAGAGAUAGAGACAGGGAAAGAGACAGGGAUAGAGACAGGGAUAGGGAUAGAGAAAGACAUAAGGACAGGGAAAGGGACAGGGAUAGGGAUCGAGGUACAGAUAGAGAUAGAGACAGAGAUGCACGACAAUGGCACAGAGAUUCCUAUAUACACUAGUGAAUGCUGUUUCUACUCCAGGUUGAUGCAUGGAAUUAUGCUUCUCAUCUUAUAAUGCACUAAUGGGCAGGGGAGGUUAUGUCUUCUUUGUAGUCAAUGUUUCUCCUCAUAUUUCAUUUUUUAAAGAUUUAACCUGUACCACAUGCACACAUCUGGUUCUUUCUUAUUUUAGCUCUUGUAAGAUAAAUUUUUUUGUAUGUUUUAUCCUAAGUCUUACGGCUCCAUACGUGUUUUGGCACAAACAGUGGUCAAGGUUAAACUGCAUCAGAACACUCAUGACUUGCUCUAGUCUAGUAUUCACUAUAAUAAUUUCAUAUAUAAUUUCAGUAUCCACUAAGGUUACUUUUUUAACUUGUCAUGAUCACUGCAGCCAAUGGAUUUGUCUGACCAUCAGUCCAAUAUCUAAAGAUGCUCAGUUCACAGUAAUUCAGAAUAGCAGCAACAACAAAAAACAUUUAUUAUGUUUUGAUUCAGUAUAUCUUAGCUGUGACAUCAGACUAAAAUGUUUUACUGUGACUUUGUUUAGAUAUUGUGAAACAUUAUUUUGUGUCAAACUGACAACGUGGUUCUUGAACCAAACAAAACAAUCAGUUUGGAAAUGUCACUUUAAGCUCUGGAGAAUUGCAAUUUGAAUCUUUAACAUUUUAUUGACUAAAGAGUAAAUUUACUAAUGUAUAAAGUGGCAGGUUAAUCAAUUAAACGAAAUCAUUAGUUGCAGCCCAUUAAUGUUUAUCUCCCUUAUCUGACAAUUAACCAACUCAUAAAAUGCACAAAAUGUGAAAGAAAAGUUACAACAAUGAAUGUUGUAUUUUAGGAUAUUUUCUUCUACAUAUCUGCACAGUGAGAUUUUUUUGUCUGAUCAAAUGUUCAUAUAACUGUGGCGAACAACUGACUUGUGCAUUUCGGUGUCACAUCUUCAUUUAAAUUGGUGUGUCCAAAGACAAGUUAUUUUAAACAUUGUUAUGAAAAGUCAAACUAUUUUUCUACAUGAUUUGAGAGUGAAGUCACUACUUUACUUCCUACUUUUUACACUGGUGUACAAACAUAUUUACUGACUUGUGUUUGCUGUGUCUGGAAGCAUGAAUAAUCUUUUGGUGACACUGACCUGUGCUAUAUGCUGGAUACUCUAUGCAUCUUCUUGUGAUAAAAUAUAUUGCUUGAAUACAAUCUCUAUGCAUUUGUACAUACUUCAUAAUUGCCUUGUUAAGUAAAUGUAAGGAGAACCAGAGAGCCUCUUGCACUGUUUGGUAAGACUUUGGUAGAACCACAGAUUUAACAAGACGGGAUUGACUCUGUUCCUUUUAAGACUUUUUUUUUUUUGGUUAUCUUUGUUUGUUGAUUGGUUGGUUUUGUACAGCAUUCAGAAGUUAAUUUCGACAAAUAUGCAUUCUAUUAUUGAAAAUCAUUAAACUGUAAAAUGUG